GGGAUACCAAGAUGGAAAUCCAGGGGCUCAGCGCGGCCCAAAACCUACAGCGCCAACAUGGCGUCUCCUGUCGGGCGGACUUGUCCCGACCUGGAAGGCGGACCGGAGCGUCGUGCCGCACGACCCCGAGUGACAUUGGAGCAGCGGACGGUCUGGUGUUACACGAACCGGAGAGCGACGACAACAAUAGUGGUAGCCGGCCUGGGACGUCCCCUUUUCUGCUGCAGGAAAAUGGCAGCGGUGGAGGCCCGCCCGCGCCCGAGAGGAGUAAUAAGAACAACACGGGGGCGCGAUGCGUAGACGCCGGGCUCGGCCUCCUGGUUGGCCUAAGAGGGAAGGGGGUCGGGAGGCAUAGGCCGCGUCGGGGCUGCCCGGAUACCGGGAAGAGGUGCGGGCUGGAGCAUGGGGAGGGCGGUUUGCAAAUGGCGUUUCCCGUCGACCUGCAGCAGGGGAGCCAGCAGCGGCCUCGGUGUCAGCCGGACAGGAACCCCGGGUUGGAGGAGUCGGCCGCAGGUCCGAGGGCCGUCACGGGCUGCAGUGCGCACAUCGAUGGCGGGGCCGAGGAAGAGCUUUUCGUGGUUUUCAACGUCGCCCGGGGAGGCGAGGGAGUGGCGAGCAAGGAGGCGGACUCCCCCGACGCUGUCCGCAGCGCCGCUGCCGAGGUGCAGGACGCUUCCGGGCGGGUGCGGCCGGGUGUCAGCUCCGUACACCUGCCGCCCAGAAACGCCAGGAAGUCCCGCCCGACCGGCGCUCCGCCGCGCUCACGUCCCGUGGGGAGAUGCGAUGUCGGGGUGACACCACUGCGGCGGGGGCCGGAGCCCGAAACUGGGGAAGGAGACGAUGACGGAGACGGCGGAGCGAUGGCGAGCAGGUGCAGUGCAGAGCGGGACGGUUCCGAGGGGGAUGCGGGCGCGAUCGAGCGAAUCCAUACUGGGCAACCUGGUCGGUCCGCGGCCGGCGACAGCGCCCCCUUCGUCGAGGCCUUGCCGCUCAGCGACGGCGGCUCAGCUCAUCUUUCGGGCGGCUGCAUCGCCACUGGGAGCGCGAACGUUACGCAGUCGGACGACGCGUUUUCGGGCACUAUAACUAUUAACAACCAAAGUAUAGUAGUGACGAUUGAGAACGGGGUCCUCACUCUGGCUGCGCCUUCGGAGGGUCACAGCCAGAGGGAGGACUGCUCCAGCCUGUUCAGCCUGAAGGAGCACCUUGGGCUGAAGGAACACCAGGAUGUCGUGCUGAUCAGCUAUGACGGUACCACAAAACCCGCGGGGAGGAACGGAAAUGCGACUAUGGGCUGCGUGCAGUAUGAGGAAUCCAGGACUUGUCUGAAUGUGAGCGAUCCGGGCUUGGCUUUAGAGGAGGACUGCUCGUUUUCAGACCCUGGGUCUGUAUUGGCUGAUGUACAUGGGUCCAAAGAGGACGGCGCGUUCUGUGCGCUGGCUCAGGGAGAUGCGGUGGACUCGGGUUCGAAGGACGGGGCGCACGGUGAACUGAUGGCGUGUGAUGGCCUGCCAUCUACCAAACUGGAGGGCUGCGCCGGGAUGGUGCCAAAAAAAGGUGCCCCGGCCUCGUAUCGCUGCCCGCAGUCGGACUGCGGCCGGACCUUUGAUGCCAAGCACAAGCUGAAGAUGCACGUGCUGUCGCACGCCGAGGACCAGCGGCCCUUCAAGUGCCCAGUGGAGGGCUGCGGCUGGUCGUUCACCACCUCCUAUAAGCUGAAGCGCCACCUGCAGUCGCAUGACAAGGCGCGGCCAUUCGCCUGCGAGUGGGAGAACUGCGGCCGCCGCUUCACCACGGUGUACAACCUGAAGGCGCAUGCCCGGGCGCAUGGCCGGGAGGGUGCCUUCGUGUGCAGCACGUGCAGCGAGCGCUUCCGCAGCGCCGCCCGCCUCGGCAGCCACCAGAGGAGCCACUUCGAACCCGAACGGCCGCACAGAUGCGAGUUCCCUGGCUGCGAGAAGACCUUCAUCACCUUCAGCGCUCUGUUCUCCCACAACCGCACACAUUUCCGGGAGACGGGCCAGUUCAUUUGUAACUACCCCGGGUGUGACAAGCGUUAUGACAAGGCCUGUCGCCUCAAGAUCCACCUGCGCAGUCACACAGGCGAGAGGCCGUUUGUCUGCGACUCUGAGGGCUGCGGCUGGUCCUUCACUAGCAUGUCCAAGCUGCUCCGUCAUAAGAGGAAACACGAGGACGACCGGCGCUUCAUCUGUCAGCAGGAGGGCUGCGGCAAGUCCUUCACGAGGGCGGAGCACCUGAAGGGGCACAGCAUCACCCACCUGGGCACCAAGCCCUUCGAGUGUCCCGUGGAAGGCUGCACCGCCAAGUUCUCCGCACGCAGCAGCCUCUACAUCCACUCCAAGAAGCACCAGGUGGACAGACCCCUGCGCUCGCGCUGCCCCGUCUCCAGCUGCAGCAAGUGCUUCUCCUCCCGCGGCAGCCUGAAGAGUCACAUGAUGAAGCACCACAACCUCAGCCCUGACCUGCUCAGUCAGCUGGAGAUGUCCACCUCACUCACCCCAAGCAGCGAGCUCACAAGCACCGGCCCGGCUGCCGGUGACAUGGACCUGGGCUCCCUCUUCUCCGGCGGGGGCACAGGGGUGGCCGGGGUGCCGGGGACAGGGGGGGCGUCCGCCCUCACCAUGGACAUGUCUCUCGUCAGCUCGGGCAUCCUGACCAUUGACGCGGCCUCUGUGAGUGCCACGCUGGGUGGUGCUGGGGGGGCCCUGGCCCAGGCGGUGGACCCCCUGAUACUGGCGGCGGGGGCAGAGGUCGGCCCGGCGGGGUUUGACGCGGGUGCUGGCAGCGUGCUUCCCCAGGGCGCCCUGAACCUGGAAGACGUGCAGACGGUGAAUCCCGAGGCCCUGGGCUCCUUGGCCGCCCUGGCUCUGCGUCCCCCCACCGGCUCCGAACACUUGCACGCCUUGAGCUCGACCAGCGCGCUGGCGUCGGACCCCCCCGCGCCGCUCGCCCCCUCAAGCAGUUUGGCGACAUCUUCCGGGUCUGGGCUCCUCUCAGCCGCCUCCGAGCCGGACCAGAGUGGCCGGGGAGGGGCUCUCCUGGGCGGCACCGACGUUCUAAGUCAGCAAGAGGGCAGCAAGGUGGUGACGCAGUUUGUGUUCCCCGGCCAUGGCGGCAGCUUCAGCGCUCAGAAGGACCCUGAGCUCCACGCCGUGCCGGCCUGCUCCUUCCUGGAGAGUGGCGGUUCGGCGCGCACGGAUUACAGAGCCAUCCAGCUGGCCAAGAAGAAGAAGCAGAAGGGCCCGGCAGGCGCUCCAGGUUCCAGUGUGGGACAGAGGAAGACUAAAGGAGGGAAAGGGGGAGGGAGCUCUGUAAUGCCAGGGGCCCCGGCUGGGGGCCGCUUCAGCGAGAGCGUGGCCUCGGCCAGCGGGGGGCUCACCCUGAGAGACCCCGUCACUGGGGCUCAGUAUGUGCAGAUACAGCUCCUUCAGGACGACCCAUCGGGCGAUGGAGAUUUGGCCUUCCAGCUCAGCUCUCAGACCUCCAGCUCCCACUCUCAGCUCACGGUCGACCUGCCUGUCAACAUCUUGCAGGAGCCCCCUGUCACGGCGGAGGACGACACCGGCUCUGAAACCUCGCAGUUCACCGGAAGUACCAUUAACCUGCAAGACCUGGAGUGAGGCAGGCCCAGACGGAACCGGUGCAGGAAGCCGUUUAAAGGGCCGGCAGCGUGCCCAGUCUCGCUGAUCUCCAGAUGGUGGACUUUCAGCCUGGAUUUGAUGACUAAUUCAACGGUUCUUUUUGGUGUUUUUGCUUUUAAAGAGGAUAUUUUCCAAAAGAAAAUAAUUUCUAAAAUGAUCUUUUUGAUAAGGCCUGUGUUUAUAUGAAUUUAUACCUACUGGGUGGGGUUGACUAGCCUUUAGCAUUAUGUAAACAUUUUGCAUUUUUCAUUUGGAAAAAUAAAUGUGCAGUGGAAAAAAGGCUUUUUUUAAAAUGCAUAUUUACGUUAAAUAUUUCAUAUUGCAGGGAAAAGGUCCUUUUGAUUGUUGAGCUUAAAUCUGUCUGUUUCCGGACCGUUAAAUAAUUAACACACGUGGUAUUUUGUUUACCGGGCUCUUUUUUUUUUUUUUUUAACACAGUCCUACAUCCUCGCUUCUGACUACUCAGAAGACAAAUUCUUUAUAUUUGUGGUUUUUUUAUUUAUUUUUUUCUAUUUGGUAGCCUCUGAAAAUCCUAGCUCAGAUGUUUUGUGUUUUUUUUAUGUCAUGUCUAUAAGACUAAAAAUCCACUUCAUUUUGUAUGUAUCUGUAUAUCUAUCUAUCGUUUCCUUAUUUAUUAGGUUUGGUUUAACAGAAUGGGGGCGGGACAAUAAAACAGUGAAUAAAAUGGAGGUGAAGCACAA